CUAUUUCGGACGACUGGAUAUGUUUUGUAAGCUUGGAAGUAUCGAAUCGAAUUACAUGUAGAGUGUAACGAAGUGAUAAUUAUAUUAAUAUUAGUAAUAGUGAAGAUUAUACAGAGCAACGGAACUCGCUUAAAACCUACUUUCCAUUAAAUAGUAUACAUUCCAUGUGACUGAACGAGGUAGUUGCCUACUGAUGAACUUGAUUAGUACGUCAUAAAACUUGCCAUAAAUCUUGUAUGAUGGGAUGUUAUCAUGCUGGAGCGAUAUUUAUGUAGGCCCACACCGACAGAGGAUUGAGGAGCUCGGUAGAGCAUAUAAAUACAUUUUGAGAGGAAUGGAACGACGUACAUUAGAAUAAAUCGUUUUGGAUUUUAAUUGGUUUCUAAUUCAAUUUGGUGUUCUAAAAUUAAACCCACAAUUGACUUUAACGUGGUCCGUCGAUAUUUCCAUAGUUUGGUGUAGAUUAUAUCAUACUGCCUUUACCUAGUAGGCUUGUGUGAACUUCAUGCUGGCUAACGUGUAUAGAAAUAAAGCUUCGAGUGGCUAACGGUCCAUAUAAGUGAAACACAAGUGACUGUGAAAUAUGUAACGUGUGGAAUAUAUAUAGCCUAUACACACCACACUGUAGACGUGACAUGAAAAAAAUGUGUACGUGCGUAGCUAUGAAUUUUACUUGGAAAAGAAGGACAAGGUUGAAAGUGCAAAGUUCAAAGUAUAUAUAAUGGAUAAUAAUCUAAUAUGCAAGACGAUGAAGUGGCAGGAGAUUAUAGGAAUUGGUAUCAAACCAGACCCACCAGUUAAAGAAUUAGUCCCCGGUUUUAUCGCUGCCAUAUUGUUUUACUUUCUAUCAUUUAUUGUCUGUUACUUGGCGUUUCGUAUCUCCAGAAUCAUCUUCCCGAAAUCCAUCCAUUCAGUGACCACGGAAUUCUUUAAGACAAUGUUAAUCUGUACAUAUCCGUACGGACACGGACAAAUCCGACAAUUAUACGGAUCCAUCGGAUACUUUCUUACAGUGGUCCCGCUAGCUUUUUUCACCAUUGCUGCGUUUCCUGAUGGACACGGCUCGCCAUUGACAACAUUUUUAGAAUUUUUAAAAGGGCGGGUUUCAUUUUACUCGCUGGUGUUUCGUAGCUUUGUCCAGACUCUCGGUGCCUUCACGUCUUAUAAACUCGCCAUGUUUGUGUGGUCAUUGAGGAUCCAUUCGUUUCAUACGAGUCAAUUUAAUUCCACGGCAUGUUCAUCAGAUCUGAAAGUGUCCCUGGAAGUGGGAUUUGUUUUAGAACUGCUCUGUGUCGCUUUUGACACGUGGUUGAAUUUCCAGAAACUUUCUAGGUUUCCUGUGGUGGAUUCUGUGCUGAAAAUAUCUAACUGUGCACUAAUGGUUUGUUUAGGUGUCCAUUUAACGGGGAUGUAUCUUCAUCCGGCUAUGGCGUCCGGACUAUCUUUCUUCUGUAACGGAACGUCAGCUUUAGAUCAUAUCCUAGUCUACUGGAUCAGCUCCUUCCUAGGUUGCUACCUUGGUAACGUCAUACAUGUCAAGGUCACAAGUUCAAAGUUUGAGACAAACAAAUCAAAUGGAAGCUCACAUGAAAUAGUUGCACAAACUGGUGGUAUAUCAAAGAAGACGAAUUAAAUAUAUUGUGUAAAAUGCUUGAAAUACAAAUACGGCGUUCAUAUUGAUAUAACUUUUUUUAUAGAUAAAAAGCUUCACCAGCAAUUU